AUGCUCCUACUUUUCUCCAUAUGUCUUUACCAUUUCGCAUUCUCCCUCACACGUUCUUCUUUCCUUUCUUCCAACCUUACUCUUUCUUUCUUCCUCCUCUUGAUACCAACUCUUCUUCCUCUUGCACUUUCUCUCUGUUUUUCACUUUUCUUCUUACUCUCUUAUUUUCUACUCUCUUUCUCCUUACUCUCCUUUUGUUUCUCCUUACUCUCCUUUUGUUUCUCCUUACUCUCCUCUUGUUUCUCCUUACUCUCCUCUCUUUACUCUUGCCUACGUUCUUUCGCGUUCUACUUCCUCCUCUUCAAUAGCUGUAGUAGAGAACGCUCUCUCUCUCUCUCUCUCUCUCUCUCUCUCUCUCUAUCUCUCUCUCUCCUUAUCUGUCUGCCUAUCUAUUUCUUUCAGUAUAGUCUGUCUGCCCCCUCUCUCUCUCUCUCUCCCUCUCUCAGUAUAGUCGCUGUUUCUCUCUCACUCUCCCUAUCUAUCUAUUUCUGCUAUUUCUGUCUCUCUCUCUCUCUCUCUCUCUAUCUCUCUCUAGUUCUGUCUUUCUGUCUCUUUCAGUAUAUCCCUGUCUCUCUCUAUAUAUUUAUCUAUUUCUAUCUCUCGAUCUAUUUCUCUACUUUGUUGAAAUCAAGGGACGUCUUUCCUCUCUUUCCACACAAUCAAAAUAGAACAUUAUUUCUGAAGUAUUGGCAGGAGACGUUAAACACUUCUUUCUAUCUAUCUAUCUAUCUAUCUAUCUAUCUAUCUAUCUAUCUAUCUAUCUAUCGAGAUAUGAAACACUUCUAUCUAUCUAUGUGUCUGUCUGUCUGUCUAUCUAUCUAUGUCUCUUUCUUUCGUUCUAUCUAUUUAUACCCCUUUCUUUCUUUUUUCUUUUUUUCUUUCUUUCUUUCUAUCUAUGUAUCUCUCUAUUUCUGUCUCUAUCUAGUUCUGUCUUUCUAUCUGCCUGUCUGA